AGGAAAUAUCUAACUUCAAGAUUCAAAGCCAUCAUAUCUUGGAGAACUAACACAGUGGGCUGCCCGGGGAUUGAUGACCUGCUGCUGAUCAUGGGCUAGACUUGGUGUUGUUUCAACUGGUAGCUGGCCUUUUUUGAUGACUAGACUAGAAGGAACCGCCGGAGUGAAUCUUCAGCUGGCAUACCAUGUUGAAGAAAGAUGUGUCUAACAUAUCAUGCUGUGCAGGAACCGCCGGAGUGAAUCUUCAGCUGGCAUACCAUGUAUAGGGUCGACUAAAAUAGAAGCGCAACCCUUGUGGAAAGGAUCUAGUAAUUGCCAGUUGAACAAUGAUCUAAGGUUCACAUCGUCGUACAUAACCAGAAGGUAUGGUACGUAAAGCAAUUCCGUUUAUAAAGGGUACCCCUUUCCUGUGAUAAAAUCUUGCAAGUUCAACAAAACACAAGUAAUCCAUGCUCAUCUUUAUUUGCAAUAUUUCGAACAGUCGUGUUGAUGAUGUAAUUAUCAUUUGCAGUCAAUAAAGAUAGUCAUGAUGGCCUUCCCUGAAAAAAGCGGUUACAUGAUGAGUUUCAUCCACUAGUGUUUCUUUGUGUAGCGAUGAACGAAACAAGUUCGCCUAAAGUAAGAAAUAAAACAUGUAUCUGUCGGAAAAGAAAUGAAACAAGUACUUCCUCCGUUCACAAAUAUAAAAUGUUUUAGAUUUGAAUAUAGACUACAUGCGAACUGAAAUGAGUGAACAAAUACACAAAAAUGUGUAUGUAUACAUCCGAUUCACAAAAAGGUUAGAACAUCUUAUAUUUGUGAAAUAAAGAUGGGGGAAGAAAAUGUCAUCUUUCUUUGGCCGGCCAAAUUGCACCCUGGCCUUCACGUCACCUCCGUGAUCUAAGCUUGAUGGUUUGGCUGUGCGGCAACAGGUCACUAGCUAGUGUCACCUCCUUUGAAGCUCAUGGUUCGUGCCAAAUGGCACAUGCCCAUCUAACUUAAUUAUCCACUGAUUUGCUGAUGGAACCUCGUACUUAGCAGUCCGGGUCAAGAUUUAAAAGUGCGAUUUCGUCCACACAUGUGUGUAGUUUAAACAAGUCUGUCCCAUUUAGAAACAAAACGGCAAUCAAAUUAUCUCCUGCAAACGUAUGAGAUAUGGCGCUUGACCUUGACAUUGUCUGUGACUGCCGGCCGGCGAGUGGAAUGCUUUGUUUUGGCUAUCAAUUAACUUUUUUCCUGUGUGUGUCACUAUCACACUAUGGAAAACAAUGUAGCGUAAGUGAAGAACUGAAGAUAUAUAAGAACAUAACAUGAGUAUACACUGACCAGCAAAGUAAACACAAAUGAAGCCAUUAGCCAUGUCUCCCUCUUUUUCCAGCCACCGCCGCCGUGCCCCACUGCUUGUGCUCUUGCUGCUCCAAGCUCAUCUGCUUCUAGUUGUAGCCAACAGACUCACAAUUGCAUCGACUUUCAGGCCCCCAGAUAACAUCACAUGCUCGUCCGGGGACUACGCCUUCGGGUUCCGCGCCCUUGACGCUGACCCUAGCCGGUUCCUCCUUGCCGUCUGGUUCUACUUCAACCUCACCGAGGGAGCCAGCCCUGCGGAGCACAAGGUGGUCUGGUACGCGAAAGACCCAGUCUCAGGCUCGGCAGUCACGGCCACGGCACUAUCCAUGCUUACCAUCAAAGAUGGUAUGCUCUCCCUAGCCGCUGACACCGGCAACAUCUGGAGGAACCCCAACCCUGGCAUGUGGGGCACUGACCUCGUGCUCCAGGACUCAGGCAACCUCCAGUUCCUCACCUCCCCGGGCACAACUGUCGUGUGGGAGAGCUUUCAGGAUCCGACCGAUACGCUCCUCCCGGGGCAGUACAUGGGCGCUGGAGUUGCCCUUUACUCCAAGCUCUCGGACACAGACUUCCUGUCUCGUGGCCGCUUCAGCCUGAACGUGCAGACUGACGGCCACCUUGUCUUCCACCUCCUGAACCAUGCCGCUGGCAAUCUGGCUCAGGACUUAGACAACAUAUACUGGGCGAGCGGCACAUACAAGACUGGGGAGGACGGCAACACGACUCUUUUCUUCGACUCGCCGGGGCAUCUCUACUACCAAAUCAAGGACGGCACGGUGCAUGACGCGAUACCUCCACUUCUAAACUCCACCAUUAGUUACCACCAGCACGCAUCGCUCGAUCCAGACGGCAUCGUCCGCGUCUACACCAGGCCGAAGAAUACCACCGGGGGAAGCAGCAAAGUGUUGUGGGCAGUCAGAGGACAGUUCCCAACCGAAGGUUGCACGAGGAAAACCACUUUGCAAGGUUUGUGUGGCCCCAACUCGUACUGUGUGUAUGGUCCUAACAACCGGCUGGAUUGUGAGUGCCCAAGCGGCUACUCCUAUGUCAAUUCUCAGCUCAGGUACAUGGGCUGCACACAGGGGUUCAUGCCGCAAAGCUGUGACGGGAAGAACUACUCCGCCGAGUUUGAGGUUGUCAAGCUCCCAAACACCACUUGGACAAACUCGCCAUACGAAAGACUUUUGCACAUCACAGAGGACGAGUGUGCAGACUACUGCUUGGACGACUGCCUCUGUGUCGCUGCUACUUAUGAUGGAACUUACUGUAGCAAGAUGGUGUCGCUGGCAGGUAUCGGACGCCGUGGAGAUGACAUCGCCAUGAAGGCGUUGAUCAAGGUGCGGACGAGCAGCCCCUCGUUGCCGGUGCCACCAAGAAGGAUAUUGCCUUAUGCACUAUUCGGUGGCUCGGCAUUCCUGUUGCUGCUGUCCGGGGUAAGUAGUCUCAUGUUACAUUGCUACCUUAGGAAGAAGAAUACCAACCAUGACUUUGUUAGGGCUUACACCACAAAAGAGCUUUACAAAGCCACCAAUGGCUUUCGUAAGUUGCUAGGCAGAGGAGGCUUUGGCGAGGUCUACCAUGGGGUGUUGAAGUCGCUACAUUCCCCCGACAUAGCAGUGAAGAAGCUCAUCAGUUCCAAUGAUUACAGUGAGAGGGAGUUCGCGAAUGAGGUACAGUCCAUCGGCCAGAUCCACCAUAGGAACCUAGUCCGCAUGGUUGGUUACUGCAAAGAGAAGGAGCAACGGAUGUUGGUGUUCGAGUUCAUGCCAGGUGGUUCCCUUCGGAGCUUCCUAUUCCAGCCUCAGCAGCAACUGAUGUGGAGUUGGCGCGCUGAGGCAGCCCUUGGCAUCGCCAAGGGCCUGGAGUACUUACAUGAAGGAUGCAAUUAUCCAAUCAUCCACUGUGACAUCAAGCCCGACAAUAUAUUGUUAGAUAGCAAGAAAAAUCCGAAGAUUACUGACUUUGGGAUUGCCAGGCUUCUUAGUGACCAGCAGAUGCACACCACUGUGACCAACAUCAGGGGCACAAGGGGGUAUAUUGCUCCCGAGUGGUUCCAAAGCGACAGGCGCAUCGACACCAAGGUUGAUGUGUACAGCUUCGGUGUUGUGCUACUAGAGAUGAUAUGCUGCCGAAAGUCCCAGGAGCCAGUGCCUGGUCAGGAUGGUGACGACUCGGUCAUGCUAUUCGAGUGGGCUGGUCAGUUGAUUGCUGAUGGCAGGACCGAGGUUCUGUUUCAUAGUGAUGACGAUGCCAUUGAGGAUUUGGUCAGAGUGGAGAGGUUCUUGCGUGUUGCUCUCUGGUGCAUUGAGCAGAAUCCUUCGCUCCGCCCGACAAUGCACCAGGUGGUGCAGAUGCUGGAGGGUGUUGUUGAGGUCGACACUCUACCUGCUCCUACAAGCUCCAACUGUUCAUCGCCGUUCGCCUCUUCAGUCGACGAGAGCCCUCUGUUGUCAGCUGCUGCUACUCUCGCGAUAGAGUGAUUCUUACUGUACUAGUCAAUUCUGAUAGGCUGCAGUGUCGAAAUGAGUUUCUUUACUUAUUACCAAUGCUAAUUGUUUCGCCGUCUUGUAACUGGUGUAGCUACGUUUCUGUAAACAGGACAUCAGUCAUGCAUUCUAGCUACAUACAUGUCUUCUACUCCCUCCGUUCCUAAAUACUAUAAGUCUUUUAAGAGAUUACACUAUAGACUACAUACGGAGUAAAAUGAGUGAACUUAUACUCUAAAAGGCGUCUAUAUACAUCCGAGUGUAGUCUCUAUAGUGGAAUCUCUAAAAAGACUUAUAUUUAGGAACGGAGGGAGUAGUAAAUGUCAGCAUAUCCUAUGUGUUCAUCCAUUGUGGUCCAGUUAUGCAAAAUCCUUUGGUUUGAGCACUACAAAAGUUCAAUAGUGAGAAGAAACCUCAAACUUUAUUCAGAUCGAGUCUUGCCUUCGCCUUCAAGAAAAGAAGGGGAGAAGUGUUAUCCCAGUUCUAAGCUAAGACUGAAACAUCAACCUUAAAAAAAGACUGAAACAUCAAGCCUUGAUGUUGCCUAGCCAGAAAAGCAUGGGGAAUUGCGCAGCCGCGAGGGAUAGAAGAAAGCAGUGGUAAGAAAGCAGUGGUUCCUGCUAGGAUGUCUCUCAUAAGUCCUGGGUGCACCUUGCAGAACCCUCUUCAUCGUCUUCACCAGGAAUACCCCGGUGCAGAUACAGAACCAUGGCAGAACAGAAUAGUAUGAGUAGCUCCAGAAGAUGUGGACAAGCAUCGCAAGUGAGGUACCAGCAAACCCAUGCCCAGCAUAUGCCACCAUGUCCAGCAAUGGCGAUUCACCACUUCCCAGUGAGUACAGACGUACAAUAGAGCUUUAAUGAGGACAACUUGCAUAAACCAACCAAGUAACCCUCUUGUGAACUGUAUAGCCAACGAUUUCAUGUCUGGAGCUUGGAUUGACGGGGGUGCGCCCAUCUUUCUUCAAGACCAAUGUUCUGGCUUGUCCGCAGAGACUUGAAACCACAUGAUUCCAAAAAGAUAAUCAUUCUUCAAACUUUUUGCAGACAGAACAAAAGGGCCAUUGCUAAACUGGUCUAAGCUAUUCAAGAUAAUUACGGGGUUAACGAAGGGAAUUGUUUACCUGCAUAAGCACUCCAUGUUCUGGCUUGUCCACAGAGACUUGAAACCACACAAUGUCCUCUUGGAUUGUAACAUGAUCCCAAAGAUUGCUGAUUUUGUAUCAGCUAGAGCAUUGAGUUUAGAUGUAGCACAAGAGCACACGAGUAGGGUCAUGGGAACCAGGUAUCAGCUACCUAAUAUAUCAAUCAUCACAGUUCCCACCAUUUUGUCUUCAGAUGUUCUAAUCUUACAGUUUUGAUAUCUUUUGUUUCACUUUUCAGUGGUUACAAAGCUCCGGAGUAUAUGCAUCUUGAGGAGUUUACUCGAUGAAGACAGAUGUGUUCAGCUUUGGCGUUUUGGUUCUGGUGAUUAUUAGUGGCCGAAAGAAUACCAUACUCGACAAGCAAGGGGAUACUGUUGGUGAUCUUGUACGAGAUGCCUUGGCGUAUGUGGAAGGAACAAAGGUUGCAUGAGCUUGUGGAUCCGUUGUUAGGUGACGGAUAUGAAGUCGCCGAGAUAAUGAAAUGCGCUCAAGUGGCACUGGUUUGUGCUCAGGAAGAUCUAGCAUAUCGGCCCGCCAUGACAAAUGUUGCUGCAAUGCUGAACUCUGAAAGCAUAAGCUUACCGAUGGAGCCUAAGCAACCCGGUACGCUGAUCCAUGGGUGUGCUGACAGAGACACGACAUCGACAUACGUGGGCCAAUCAAGCAGGACGAUAGACAUAACUAUAACGAGCUCUGCUCCAACGUCGACUAGAGUUUGAAUUUUGGGCUUUUUUAGGGGUCAUGUAGCGUACAUAUUCGAGAUACUGAGACCAAUUUCGCAGAGUGAAAAUAAACAUGUUUCUGUGGUACCAGCUACCAGACUAAUUUUCCAUGAGCUGCAUUGUAGUAGUAAUUCAGAUAUACGAUGUUUCAUGCUUUGUUGUUACUAUUCCAGUUCAGCGAAGUUUACCUGGGAUUGCUCA